CGCAUGUUUGCGCCCAACACGCUGUAAACACGGAAGUGAAACUUCUUGUAGCUGCAGGGUUCAGUCAUUCAUCUGCACAAACAUGAGUGUUCCAGAUAUAGUCUUUGUCGGGGUUAUGUCUUUAUUAGUUCCAGCUUCGGCGCUGGAUAAUGGACUGGCUUUAACCCCCACCAUGGGCUGGUUGCACUGGGAGAGAUUCAUGUGCAACGUCGACUGUGAUACGGAUCCUCAGAACUGCAUUAGAGAGGAACUGUUCAUGGAGAUGGCAGAUGUGAUGGUGAAAGAAGGAUGGAAAGAUGCUGGAUAUGAGUUUGUGUGCAUUGACGAUUGCUGGCCUUCACACGAGAGGGAUAACCAGGGACGUCUGCAGGCCGACCCCAAGAGGUUUCCCAGUGGAAUCAAAAAACUGGCCGAUUAUGUCCAUGCCAAAGGUCUGAAGCUGGGAAUAUAUGCAGAUGUUGGCACAAGGACAUGUGCAGGCUACCCUGGGACUUUGGGCUACUAUGACAUUGAUGCUAAAACCUUUGCAGACUGGGGUGUGGAUCUGUUAAAAUUCGAUGGAUGCUUCAUGCCUGACUGGCAUCAGCUGGGAGAAGGUUAUAUGAACAUGUCAAGAGCUCUAAACCAGACAGGCAGAAGUAUUGUUUACUCCUGUGAAUGGCCAUUAUAUGAGUGGCAACACCAACAGCCUGACUACGAGGCAAUCCGCAAGACCUGUAACCACUGGCGUAACUACGGAGAUGUUUAUGACCAGUGGACCAGUGUGAAGAGCAUCCUGGACUGGACAGCUGAUCAUCAGAAAAUCGUUGUCCCCGUGGCAGGACCAGGUGGAUGGAAUGACCCUGACAUGCUGAUAAUAGGGAACUUCGGCCUGAGCCGCGAUCAGCAGCAGACUCAGAUGGCCUUGUGGGCUAUCAUGGCUGCCCCACUUCUGAUGUCCAACGACCUGCGAGACAUUUGUCCCAAGGCCAAAGAACUGCUGCAGAACAAACAGAUCAUUGCCAUCAACCAGGACCCUCUGGGCAUUCAGGGCCAUCGUACAAUAAAGGCUGACAGUUUUGAGGUGUGGGAGCGGCGCUUGUCAGGCAACAGGCUGGCCGUGGCAGUGAUGAAUAGGCAGGAGAUUGGUGGUCCACGCAGAUUUAUCAUUUCUGCAGCGACGCUGCCUAGUUGGCAGCUCUGUGACCCGAAGUGCAACGUAACGCAGAUCCUGCCUGUGUACCAGGAAAUGGGUGUCCAGAAUCUCUUGUCAGAGGUGACGGUCAAAGUCAAUCCUACAGGCACAACGCUUCUCACUGUCAGCCCUGUCAAAAGCAGUCCUCAUGACACCCCGUGACUUGACUUGGAAAGCAAAACUUUCCAAAGAAAUGGGAAUGUAUUAUUGCACUAAUGUGAUAAGAGUUCAACUUCCUGGUGUGUGUUUUUUUUUUUUUUUUUGUCCCUUUUGAACACAGCUGUAGAAUCCAUUUUCAAAAGUUCACACUAAGCGAUCAAAAUGUACAAAAACAUUCACAAAGCACUUUAAAUGUUCAGUUUUUACAUUAGCUUUGUUUUCAGUUUUAUUAAGAUCUACUCUAAUUCAAAACCUCAUCAGAUUUGUCCGUAAGCUGUUCCACUCCACACUGAAGAUUUACAAUGUGUUUAAACGGUUCAGUGCCAAAUAACAUCUUAUUUUAACAUACAUAAGGACCCUCAGGGAUUUCACGGAUCAUUUGGCAGCUCAUGUCUUGUUCUGUAAUGGAUAUAAUUGAUCUGAAAUCAAUUAAAGCAUUUAUGCAAGUUUUAGUGCUAUUUUUUUUAUUAUAUUACUAUAACGUAAUGGGCACUUUACGCUCAAUGUAAUCAAUAUGUUGGUGAACCUUUGAUUCAUAUCUCUUUAGUCUCUUUCUCCUGUUCUUACAAACACUGGUCAAAUUGGCAUAAAGCAUGAUUAUCUGUACCAACAAAUGAUAGUUAUAAUAAAUGAUGUUUUGUGUUGGAAAUGA